UUUCUCCUCACUCAAUUUAAUCUUCCAUAUUUAUCACUAUACACUCGAAUAUUCAAUUAUUCCGUAUCCAUGACUUGUAGUUUUAAUUAGAUAACACCACCGCCAGCCACACAGCCGCUGCCGCUGCCGUUGCCACCACCACCCUCUCUUCCCUAUCCGUGACAUUGACUUUGCUUGAUAUUCAAUUGAAUCUCUUACAUAUGGGCGAGCAGACUCGAGGUCAAGGACAAUCCCUAACCCUAACGCGAACCCAAAUUGAACCUCAUGAUGGUACACCCACCACAAUCGCAACCACCAGCGUAACCGUCGCCGCCGCCGCUGUUUCUGAUGGUACACCUACAGAGUCGGAACUGAACAAUGUUCCCCCGCAAACCAAUUCUCCAGCAUCGAAAAUCCCCCUGCGCCCUCGAAAGAUCCGGAAGGUCUCUCCUGACCCGACAACUUCUCAAUCUCAAAUGGAAACCCCAAAAGCUACCACAUCCACCGGCGGCAAGACUUGUGGCCGGAACAACAAGAUUGUUCAGCAACAACAACAACAACGAGCCAUAGUGGUUCCUCGAAUGGUGGCUAGGUCACUCUCGUGUGAAGGCGAGGUGGAGAUCGCACUGCGUUACCUCCGCAACGCAGACCCACUCCUCUCCCCUCUAAUUGACAUUCACCCACCUCCUACCUUCGAUCACUUCAAUACCCCAUUCCUUGCCCUAACUCGUAGCAUCUUGUACCAGCAACUCGCGUUUAAAGCCGGUACUUCAAUCUACACUCGCUUCAUCGCUCUGUGUGGUGGGGAAGCAGGGGUUGUUCCAGAAACCGUUCUUGCCCUAACUCCUCAGCAGCUUCGACAAAUUGGGGUUUCGGGACGAAAGGCUAGUUAUCUCCAUGAUUUGGCCCGGAAAUACCAGAAUGGGAUACUGUCUGAUUCAGCCGUUGUUAAUAUGGAUGAUAAGUCGCUUUUCACCAUGCUUACCAUGGUCAAUGGGAUUGGGUCUUGGUCUGUUCAUAUGUUCAUGAUCUUCUCCCUUCAUAGACCUGAUGUUCUUCCCAUUAACGAUCUCGGUGUUCGCAAAGGGGUUCAGCUUCUUUACGGUUUACAAGACUUGCCUCGACCCUCUCAGAUGGACCAAUUUUGUGAGAAGUGGAGGCCCUAUCGCUCUGUUGCUUCCUGGUAUAUGUGGAGAUUUGUUGAAGCAAAGGGAACUCCUUCCAGUGCAGUCGCUGUCGCCACUGGUGCCAGCUUGCACCAGCACCAGCACCAGCAGGAGCCGCAACAACAGCAGCCGCAACACCCUUCUCAGCCACAGCUUCUGGAUCCCAUAAACAGCAUGUUUAAUCUCGGGGCCGCCUGUGCUUGGGGACAGUGAUUGCUCACGGAUUUGUGAAAUCCGUCAUCAGGCUUCGUUAGCAGUCGCUCACACUUGAAGUUGCAAAGCCACGCCAUGAAGUGUAUUCGAUGAUAGAUCUUGGUACUGAAACUUUGACAUUGGGAGCAUUGAAGGAUUAGUGUAUGAUGAUUGCCUUGUGUUCAAUAAAACCAGUACAAGAUCAAUAAAGACCAGUCCUUAAUUUUGUUUUGUUAAUCAGUAGUUGUACUUGUCGUAGGCCGUUUUCAAGUUGUCAAGUCGUCUUUCGGUAAGAGAAUACCCAUUACUGGGCAGUGCUUCACUGCCCUUGCUGCUUGGUGAUGUGGUUUGGACCUUGUUACUAGUUUAUGUGCCCUUUUCUCUCGUCCUGCUAAUGUAUGGGCCCUUUGCAUUAAGUAGAAUUCGUAUAAAUUCAUGUCAAAAUAAGUGGUAGGGUAAUUCGUAUCCCUAAUAAAUUUGGCAUCUGUUU